AUGCACAGGAAAAUGCACUUUGACCUCUUGACCUCAGGUGCCCCUUUGACCUGCUUUGAUGCCAGUCAGUAUGGGACCCUCCUGAUUGUGGAUGCUGAGGAGGAGUACUUCCCAGAGGAGGUGACCAAGCUAAAGAGAGACAUAGAUAAUGGGUUGUCAGUUGUCAUCUUCGCUGACUGGUACAAUGUGACUGUCAUGAAGAAAGUCAAGUUCUAUGAUGAAAAUACAAGACAGUGGUGGAUGCCAGACACGGGGGGAGUCAACAUCCCGGCCACAAAUGAUCUGUUAGCACCACUGGGCAUGGCAUUCAGUGACAGAGUGUAUGAGGGAGAUUUUACCCUGGGUGACCAUGAGAUGUAUUAUGCAUCUGGAGCCAGUCUCGCUAAAUUUCCAGAUGAUGGCAUCAUAGUUACCCAAACACUCAAAGAUCAAGGUCAUGAGGUGUUGAAGGGGUCCUCAGUCAUGAAGGAGAAUGUCCCUAUUCUGGGUCUUUAUCAGACAGUGGCACAGCCCAGCGGUGGGAGAGUGGCUCUGUAUGGAGAUUCCAACUGUCUGGAUAACAGCCACAUGCAGAAAG